AUGGCCGCCAAAUCAUCCCCUCUCAUUACUGUCUACCGCGGCUUCCCAGAGACCGGUUGCUACAUCUGGUCCCCCUUCGUCACAAAGCUGGAGGCCCGUCUCCGUUUCGCCAACAUCCGCUACCGCACCGAACAAGGCUCCAUCCCCAAAUCUCCCCGCGGCAAGGUCCCCUACGUCUCCAUCCAGGAUGGCGAGCAGCCGCCGCAGACGCUCUCAGAUUCCACUCUGAUCACCAAGGCGCUGAUUGAGGAGGGGUACACAGAGGAUCUGAACCAGCACCUGUCUCCGACUGAGCGACUGCAUGACCUGGCGCUCAAGGCAUUGCUAGAGGAUAAGUUGCCUCCUUAUCAGACCUACGAGCGAUGGAUCCUAAAUUUCUACACCAUGCGGUCCAAGAUCCUCGCGGCCCUCCCCUGGCCCGUCCAGGUCGUCGUCGGCAACAUCAUCUACCGCAAAGUCACACGCAAUCUCCAAGGCCAGGGUACUAUGGCCUUCACUGAAGAUGAGAUCAGUACGUUCCGGCAGGAAAUUUGGGCGAGUCUGAAUGCGGUGGUGGCGGAGGCGCAGGCGAAGCAAUCAGAUCCGGACAGGCCGUUUUGGGUCUGGGGUGGAGAGGGGCCGACGGAGGUGGAUGCGGUGCUGUUUGGAUUCAUUGUGUCCGGGUUGGUGUGUGCAGCCGCACCGGCCUCAAGGGACGUUAUCAAGGGUUAUCCGGCCCUGGUCAAUUAUGCGAGACGGAUCCAUGAUAAGUACUUUCCUGACUAUCAGCUGUGGGAGUAG